GCAACAACUGUACGACGUAGUACGCAUGGCUUGUAACUUGUGUGUUACGGGAAAUGAUAUGACAAGCUUAUUGUGACACUCAGUCUCACAAAGGAACAGAUGAAAAACGAAUUUAGUGGAAAGGUUGCUGUUCAGAUGAGGAAGGCUCAUUUGGUUGACCCUGUGUGUCACUUUCCGUUGCCAUGGCAACAUCAUAUUUUCCUACAUUCCUGUUCCUUAUUUUUCUGUCCUCCUUCUUCCUCUUGCUUCUGACCCUCCUGCCUCCUGUUGCCCCAUCGAUUCCCCUUUCUGCCUCCUCUCCACCUUCACCUUGGCGGUCACUCUCCUGCGGCCAGGGUCAGUCCUGGGCCGUCCGGCUACACUCUGGCCCACAUCAUGAGGAAAAAGAUGGUGAACAGAGCUCUGUGGACCUGGAUGUGAUAGCCAACAUGGUAGCAGAGCAGGCUGGGCUGAAAAACCAGGGUCAGGUUGGACAGCUAGAAGGCCACUACUUGCUGUGCUCUGUCAAGCCUGCCUCUGCUACUGGUAUUUGGAGCAAGAGUGUCUGGCCUGGGGACGUCCUGGCAGCCCACCCUCAUGUCCUGUGGUACUCUCAGGAGAGAGUUCUGAGCCGUUCUAAGAGAUCGAUGGCCUUCAAUGAUCCCAACUACCCUAAACAGUGGCACCUGAACAAUUACCUUAAUAAGGGUAUGGACAUCAAUGUAACAGGGGUGUGGGAGCGCAACAUCACUGGCCAAGGAGUCACAGUGGUGGUGGUAGAUGACGGGUUGGAGCACACCCACCAGGACAUCCAGCCUAACUAUAGUGCAGAGGGCAGUUAUGACCUAAACUCCAAUGACCCCGACCCAAUGCCUCACCCAGACAUCCAAAGUGACAACCACCACGGUACACGAUGUGCUGGAGAGAUCGCAGCCGUUCCCAACAACAGCUUCUGUGCUGUUGGGGUGGCCUAUGGCAGCAAGGUUGCAGGUAUCAGAGUCUUGGAUGGCCCGCUGACGGACAGCCUUGAGGCCAUAGCCUUCAACAAGCACUACCAGGUCAACGACAUCUACAGCUGCAGUUGGGGUCCAGAUGAUGACGGACACACUGUGGAUGGACCCCAUCCCCUAGGCAAGGCGGCGCUGCAGCACGGAGUGAUUGCAGGCAGACAAGGUUUCGGCAGCAUCUUUGUGGUUGCCAGUGGCAAUGGAGGGCAAUACAAUGAUAACUGCAACUUUGACGGAUAUGCCAACUCCAUCUACACCAUAACAAUCGGGGCAGUCGAUGAGAAAGGCAGGAUGCCCUUCUAUGCUGAAGAGUGUGCGUCAAUGCUGGCUGUCACUUUCAGCAGCGGGGAAAGCAAGCUGAGGAGCAUUGUGACCUCAGACUGGUCGAUGCGAAAGGGGACUGGCUGUACAGAUGGCCACACCGGCACGUCCGCCGCCGCCCCCCUGGCGGCCGGAAUGGUGGCCCUCAUGCUUCAGGUCCGUCCCUGUCUCAGUUGGAGGGACGUGCAGCACAUCAUCACCUUUACCGCCACCAAGUGUGAUAACAGUGCAGACUGGAAGGUGAACGGAGCUGGUUUUCACCACAGCCACCAGCACGGCUUUGGUCUGCUCAGUGCAUGGAGACUUGUCAAUGCUGCCAAGGUAUGGGAGUCGGUGCCGUUUCUCGUGUCAUAUCAGAGCUCAGUUAUAAAGGAGGAAGAGCCCAUCUCAACUUAUCCCAACAAGCUGAUCCGCAUCUGGAAAGUCUCUGCAGCUGAACUGAGACAGUCUGGAAUGGAGACACUAGAGCACGUGGCUGUAACCAUUACAUUAACCCACCCUUGCCGUGGCAACGUGGAGAUUGUGUUGGUCUGCCCCAGCGGUAUGACAUCAGUCAUCGGGGCGCGCCGGGCCAUCGAUAGAGACCCAGCAGGCUACCAGGACUGGACUUUCUCCACUGUGCGCUGCUGGGGAGAGAGCGCUAAAGGCCUGUACACCCUCAAGAUAUCUGACCACAAGGAGCCAUCACUUGAGAAGUGUGCCGCUGCGGGAGUGUUGAAGCAGUUGCAGUUGACCUUGUAUGGUUCCUCAAUGAGCUCCAGCGAGGUCCAGGACAGACAGAGGCUGGUGGAGGAGGCUAUGAGUGGCAAGUAUCUGGAUAGCAGCUUCUCUUUGCCCUGCCCUCCAGGCCUGGACAUCCCUCCAGAAAUCAUCAGCCCCUUCACCUCCAACAACCUCAAGUUCCUGCUGUUGCUGGGCUGCUUUGCUCUUUUCUGGUCCCUCUACUACACCCUGGAAGUAACACUUGCCCACCUGGACCUCAGGGGCCUUCUGGGGGGUCAGCGGGCCAAGAGAGGGCACCGAGGGAGAGGAGUGGAGGAGGCGAUGGAGGAGGAGGAUGGGGAGGAAGAUGAGCGGGACUCAGUGGUGGAGUUGCAAACAGUGUUGGACUUUGAGACCAAAGCGCCGCUUUUAAAUGGAGAGCGGCUGGCAACAUAGUACUGAGACAGAUGAGGACUUUUUACUGUCUAUGCUCAUGGGACGUCUCAGGCUUCCACUCUCUCCACCCCACCUACCCAGCCUACCCGGCCUCCAGUCAACCUGAUCUGUGGUGGGGGGGGGGGGGGGGGGGGGGUCACAGUGCAGACUGAAGAGUGGACUCUUUUCUCCAUUACUGUCUGCACUCCCAACAUU